UAGGUGUUUUAAUUGAUGGAUAUUUUCCAUGAAGAAUUUAAGGAAGAUUUUGGAUUUAAUGUAAAGACUUGUGGAAAUGAUUCAGUUCUCUUACUAUACACCCCUAGGACGUCAGUGGAAUUUGCCCAGAAGCUACAAACCAGUCAAGGAGAUGUUCCAUUGUCAUCGAGAGGGGAGAGCAAUACUUCUGGAGGGACAGGAAUUGACCAGAUGUUUGGCUUGGACAGUCACACUAACGGAAAGAGCAACCCUAUGAUCAAGAAACAGUCCCCAUCCAGCUCUAUCAGCCAAGCAAACAGCUCCUCCAGCAAGACACCGAACCCUGCUCCUGUACGUCCGUCCCAGAUCUCCCUGAGCCUGGAGGAGAAACAGCGGCUUCAGAAGGAGCAGGAGUUCCAACAGAGAUUGAAGAAUCAGAAGGCGAUCCAGCCUGAAGAUGCCGUGAAGCAACCGUCAAGGUCUACUGCCAAGGAUCUGACGGAGUCACUGAUGGAUUCCAGGAGUAAGGGUCAAUGCCAGGCUGCAGGAGUGGACAGUGUGGGUAUGGGCACCAGGACAGGUGGAAGUGGCAAUACUGGUCUUCUGUCAAGCGGGAUUUGCAGCAUGAACAGUUCACCUUGCUCACCAUCGGGUACUAUGUCUGCAGGGAGUGUCGUUGGGACAGGGGGAAUGGGCCUUUCAAAUUCUUCCUUGCUCUCGCAGCCGGUCGGUAACGUGCCACAGAGGGUUCCUCAAAUGGGCCAACCGUCUCAAACGAAAAAGAACAUUGACAUGUCAGCGUUCGAUUCCCUCCUAGCGCCGUCCCAGUCGCAGAAGUCCAACAGGACGCUCAAUCAAAUGUCUUCGGCGAAUUCCCCACACCCCGCUAACCCUCCAAUGGGGCAGAACUCUUUCCAGAGACCUCAAGUUGGCAUGGCCCAGGCGACAUUUGGUCAGGGGUCGCAGGGAGGCAUGGGUCAGGGGUCAUUCGGAAACAUGAAUUAUCAAGGACAGGGUGCCUUCGGACAGCAAGGCAUGAUGGGAAAUUACGGCCGAGGUUCUGCGGGCACAGGUCAAAGGUCGUUGCCGGGGUCAAACAUGCAGCAACAAGGAACGGGAAUGGCUGCAGGAUUUGAUCCAUUUGCCAGCAUCGGUGCAACGAGUCAACAGAACCAGAAGUCUGCUGGAGGGGACAACCUACUGGAUUUUCUAGGAUAGGUCAAGCAUAACUUAUACAUUAUUAUCAGUUUAUAUAUUAUCAUUAUGGUAUAUUACUAGUCCAUGCAAGCUAUAAUUUCAUUCUCAUUUACAGCUUAGGAAAUAAUCAUUAGAUUUUACUUAUGGGAUCUUAGUAGGAAGGUGGUCUACAAGGAGUCGUUGGUGUUUUGGCCAUCUAAGUACGGAACACCCCGUCCUGGCUGGUCAGUGCUGCCCUGGAAUUCUAUCAGCAGCACUCUCCUACUGGGUAACCAUUUACAUUAUCUAGGUAUUAAAGAAAGUGAAUAAUGAACCUAUGACCUUUUCAUUGUUGGAUGAGAGGUAAUUCCACUGCACCAAGUCACUUUCAUAAAGAGCUGGUCCCACUGGCCGACAGACACAAAACGUAUUCGUAACGGAUAUGUCGGACAAGCAAAAAUUUGGGAUGGCUCCAUCCGUUUUUAUCUGCUCCAGACAUUAGACAAAAUGGGGGAACAAUGAAAUCAAAGUGGACGGAUGCCCGAUGGAUAUAGAGCGUAUGAAACAUGCAUGCAAAUAGUAUCAAUAUCAAUACUUGAUACUAUCACAAUUAACAUGCACUGUGUUAGUUCAAGUAUAACCCGCCCGUAAGACCGAAAGCCUGCGAGUGGUACACUAUGGAUACAUAACAUUUUCCAACAGAUGGCAAGAUUCUUUUCCGUUUUACAUCCUCUCUGCAUCUGUAAGUGCAGCGGGACUAAGCCUUUAUAUCAUACAGUGUUAAUGUGUUAACAAUCAAGCCCCAAUUUAUUUAGCUGACCUUCUUCUCUUUUGAAACACAUCCAAAUACAACACAUGUUCGGCCACUAGUAGUACUCUUGCACCUCGUACUGCUAAACAAAUAGGUGAUAGGGCCUUUUCUACCGUUGCCCCUAAAACAUGGAACUCCUAGCUGCCUUUGCUAACGACUUCCCCAACACUUUCCUCAUUUAAGAAAUGUCUAAAAACUUACCUAAUCUAAUUUUUCUCUACGGUUUCCAUAUACCGGUAAUGUUCAUAAUUUUGUAGUUAUUCAUACUCCUUAUUUCUGUUAUUCUUUCUUCUAAUAAUGCGCUUUGUAUCUGAUGAAAAGGUGGUGAAGUGUAUUAUUAUUAUUAUUAUAAAGUGCAAUUGGAUGCAUACUGCCAAAGUGUUGCUGUGCUGUUCAAUGACACUUUACAAUCGAAUGCAUUUAGAUUUGAUCUUGGGCUAAUUCCCCCCCCCCCCUUUUUUAAGUGCAUUUUGUAUUGUUAAACCUGUCGUAGAGACCAUUUUUGGGAACAACCCAAACUUUUUAUUGAAAACUUUUGAAAGUGCAUUUAUAGUGGGAAAGUUAUUGAAAUCAUCUCAGAGUGAUCUUACAUGGAAAUCUUCUAUAGUAUUUAUGUUGCAAUAUAUAUACAUGUAUGUAUCUAUUUAUUUAAUAUUGUGUUAUAAAUUAUUAGUUUCUAUUUUAUCUAUGUAAUUUCACGACACGAAAUAAAGCUAUUUUGUGAAAAUGUACUGAGCAUUGAUAAAAUUCCUCGCACGCAUCACGAACCGUCCUCUCUGCACACUUCGAUGCGAAAGUUAAGCUCAACUAUAAAUACCAUCUUACAUUUAGACUAUGAUUAUGAUUCUCUUGUAAAGUAAAAGAAAGAUAUAUACAUGUAUUCAUUAUUCAUUUACCUUUCUGCCGACUAACCAGUUGUAAUAGGUCCAUGAUUUCAUAUAAUGUUUCAAGUUGUGAACAAAAAUUACAAAAGAGGAGCAUCAAAGACAAGGAUGAAGAACAUAUUUUAUUUAUUUAUUAGUUUAUUUGUAGUUUUAUUUAUACAGGGUAGCAUUGUCAGUUUCAGAACUGCUUACCACAACAGCCCUGUCCACACAACAUUUGUUAUAAUUAAUGUAAUUAAACGAGAAUGAAACCAUUGGAACAAGAUAGCUUGUGUGAAAACAGAAAAAUGAAAGAAAGAGAUCAACGAAAGUUUGA